AUGCUCAGAAAUUCUUAUAAUAAUGAUAAAUCAAGUUGCGUAAAUAUAAAAGUUAUUGUAAGAUGUAGACCAUUAAAUGAAAAAGAAAAAAACGAUAUAAAUAAUGAAGAGGUAGUUCGAAUUAAUAAUAAUGAGGUCAUAUUAACGAUUAAUAGAAACAAUGAGAUAUACGAAAAAAAAUAUAGUUUUGAUUAUGCAUGUGAUAAAGAUGUGGACCAGAAAACCUUGUUCAAUAAUUAUAUUUACCAAAUAGUAGAUGAGGUUUUGGAAGGAUUCAACUGUACGUUGUUUUGCUAUGGACAGACCGGGACGGGUAAGACAUAUACAAUGGAAGGGAAAAUACUCGAACACCUGAAACAAUAUGAUAAUAAUAAAAAGGUAGAUUUAAAUGAAAGUAUUAAUAGCGACAUAAGCUAUUGCUAUGAACUUUGUGAGAAUGAGGAUACUGGACUUAUAUUUCGAGUUACUAAAAGAAUAUUCGAUAUAUUAAAUAAAAGGAAAGAAGAAAAGAUUCGACAUUUUAAAGGAAAGAAUAAUAUAUUUGAUGAAAAGGAUAACGAACAUAUAAAUGUAAUAAGUAAGGAAACUAAUGGUAAUAAUAAUAAUAAUAAUAAUGAUAAUAAUAAUAAUGAUAAUGAUAAUAAUGAUAAUGAUAUUAUUAUUAAUAAUUAUAAUAAUUUAUUAUAUAACAAAAUAAAUAUUGAUAAAAAUGAUAUUUAUAAUGAUUUAAAAAUUAAUAAUGAACAUAAUAAUUUGUUAGUUAAUGAAAAGGGUAGAGAUAUUAAUUGUGAUGUUUUAAAAAAAUGUAAUGUAGAUAAAAAUAAGAAUAAUGAUAUUUAUCAAGGAGUUGAGGAUAAGAAUAUGUACGACUUUAAUAUAAAAAUUAGCUAUCUAGAAAUAUAUAAUGAAGAAUUAUGUGAUUUAUUAAGUUCAACAAAUGAGAAUAUGAAACUUCGAAUAUAUGAAGAUAGUAAUAAUAAAAGUAAAGGAUUAAAUGUUGAUAAGUUAGAAGAAAAAAGUAUUAAUUCAUUUGAAGAAAUAUAUUAUAUUAUAUGUUCAGCUAUUAAAAAAAGAAGGACGGCCGAAACGGCUUAUAAUAAAAAAUCGAGUAGAAGUCAUUCUAUUUUUACUAUAACAUUAAUUAUAAAAGAUAUAAAUAGUGUGGGAGAGAGUAUAACAAAAAUAGGAAAAUUAAAUUUAGUUGAUUUAGCUGGUAGUGAAAAUGCUUUGAAAAGUUCCUAUGGUUCUUUAAAGAUUAGACAACAAGAAAGUUGUAAUAUAAAUCAAUCUUUAUUAACUUUAGGUAGAGUUAUAAAUUCGUUGAUUGAGAAUUCAUCUUAUAUUCCUUACAGAGAUUCUAAAUUAACUAGAUUAUUACAAGAUUCAUUAGGUGGGAAAACGAAAACAUUUAUUGUUGCUACUAUAUCACCUUCUUCAUUAUGUAUUGAUGAGACUCUAAGUACAUUAGAUUAUGUGUUUCGAGCUAAGAAUAUUAAAAAUAGACCUGAAAUAAAUAUAAAAACAACAAAACAAUUAAAAAUAAAGGAUUUAAAUAAUGAAAUAGAAAAGUUAAGAAAUGCUUUGAAUUUAAGUAGAGAAAAGAGAGGUGUUUAUCUUGAUACAGAAGAAUAUAAUAAUAUACAAAAUAGUCUAAAGAAAAAUAAAGAAAUAUUAUUAGAAAAAGAAAAAAUCCUUUUUGAAAAAAGUAAAAAAAUAAAAAAUCUAUUAAAUAAAAUGGAUAAUACAGAUGAUUUACAAAAUAAAAUAUUUUUCUUUUUAAAAAAUACAAUUCAAAAAUAUAAAAAUAUACAAUCAUUUUAUCAAAUAUUAAUUAAAAAAAUAAUUGAAGAAAAAUAUAUUACACAAUUCUUAUUAAAGAAAUAUUAUUCUUUAGAAGAAAAUUAUAUAAAUCAAAAAAAAUCUUUUCAACAAAUUAAAACAAAUAUGUCUAACAUAAUGCAUGAUAAUCUUUUAAAUCUAAAAAAAAAUCUUCAUCAAGAAAAUCAUCUUGUAAAAGAUAUAUGUAAAACCAUCUUAUUCAUUUUAGAUGAUACCAAAAAUUAUCUAGUACAAAAUAAAAAAUCUUAUAAUGAUUAUAUUAACCAUUUUGAAGAACUUAAUAGUAACAUUAAUUUUAAAUAUAAUGAUACUCUCAAUUUUAUACUCGACCAUAUUGAUAUUUUACAAAAAUAUGAUCAUGAUUAUUUCUCUCUGUCCGAACAUAUUAAAAAGCAAAUAUCACAAUGUAAAAUAAAUAUACCACAUAUAACUCAUCACCUUAAACAACAAGCUCCAUCAAUUAUUGGUGCAUAUAAUACAAAUACAUUAAAAAAAGAAAAACAAAAUGGUCAAGAAAAAAUAUCUGAAAAACAAAAUGAAGAAAGAAUAUCUGAACAACAAAAUGAAGAAAAGAUAUGUGAACAACAUAAUGAAGAAAGAAUAUCUGAAAAACAAAAUGAAGAAAAAAUAUCUGAAAAACAAAAUGAAGAAAGAAUAUCUGAACAACAAAAUGAAGAAAAGAUAUGUGAACAACAAAAUGAAGAAAGAAUAUCUGAAAAACAAAAUGAAGAAAGAAUAUCUGAAAAACAAAAUAAUGAUAUUCCAUUUGACCAUAUAGAGGAAUCAUUUAAUUAUACACAGAAUAAAGAAUUUAUAAAAGAUUUAUUAUUAAAUAAACAAAGUGAAGAUAUAAAAAAUUUUGAUAUAAAAAAUUUUGAUAUUAUAAAAAAUUUAGAUAAACACGAAUCUGAAAAAGAAUUAUAUAAUGCAAAAUCAUUAAUACAAUAUAUUAAAAGUAUAUGUAAUAUAUUUCAUAUAUUUUUAAACGAAUCAUUUAUGUUACUAGAAAAAAAAUGUCAUGAAAAAUAUAUACACUGGGAUAAGGACAAAAAUAUUAUGAAUGAUAAUAUCCAAUAUAUUUAUAAAGAAUAUAAUGCUCUUGAAAAGGAGGAGAAUAUUAUAAUUAAUAAUUAUAAAAAAAUUAUAAAUGAAGAUAUACAACAAUUUAAAGAAAAUAUUUUCAAAGAUAUUGAAUCAGUUGUAAAUAAAAAUGUGGAAGAGAUUUAUGAAAAAAUUAAUAACAAGUUCGAUUUAUUAAAUAAAGAAUUAUAUUAUGACCAGUCUAAAAAAAAUUAUAAAUCUGUUUUCAUGAAUUCUGUAAAAAAGAUAGAUGAUACUAUACAACAUUUUUCUCAAACCAAUAUAAAUGAUCAAAAUGAAUAUAAUAAUAUUAAUAAUGAUAUUAAAACCAAGAUAACAAAUUAUCAUACUGUUUUAUAUAACAUAUUAUCGUAUUUAAAAAAAAAAAGUUAUAUUCAAGAAAAGGAACAUAAUAAAUAUUUAAAUGAUACCUUAAAUGUUUAUAAUAAUAUAUUAUAUACAAAUAAUCUAAAUAUUGAUAAAAUCAUAAAUAACUUUUCAACUCAAACCAAUAUAAACAAAACAGAGAAACGAAAGUUAUAUAAUGUUAUAUCUGAAAAGAUUUUACAAAAUAAAAAUAAAGAAACACAAGAACAAAAAGGGGGACGUAUACAUAUGUUAAAGUCUAAUGAAAAUAUAAAACUUUUUAAUAAUAUAUUUGAACAAAAUUUAAACAAAUGUAAUAUGUACAUAGCAGAAGUAAUGGACAUAUUAAAAAAAAAAGAUUGCGUCCAAGACAUCCCAAGUGCAUCAAGCUAUGAUGUCAUGGAAAAUAUGGAGGAUGAAUUCUAUCUAAAUAUAAAGGAUGAUGUACAAAGGAUAAGGGAUACAUUUGUGAAUAUUGUAGAAAUGUUUACUCCGACCAAAAUGACAUCUCUGAAUAGGGAUUCUACCUACGAUACGAAUGAUGAUAUUCACACGGAUGAUAAUGAUAAUAAAAAUGGUGACAAUAAUGAUGAUGAUAAUAAAAAUGGUGACAAUAAUGAUGAUGAUAACAAAAAUGGUGGCAAUAAUGAUGAUGAUAACAAAAAUGGUGAUAAUAAUAAUUAUGAUGAUAAUAAUAAUUAUGAUGAUAAUAAUAAUUAUGACGAUCAUAAUGAUCGUGACAAUAAUAAUCACAUUUAUUAUAAUUAUAAUGAUGAUAAUAAAAUGGAUCAAGGCGAUCAUCAUAAUAAUUAUCUUUAUAAUGAUGAUAUCAUAAGACAGAAAUUAUACUUAGAAGUUAAAAAUACCUUGAUGAAAGAAAUAGAACAGAUUACAACAACACAAGAUAUAGAUUUAAGUAAUGUAUUUGAACAAAUCGAUGAAAACUUCCAGUUUCUUAUUCAAGAUGAUAAAAUUAUAGCACAUGAAAAUAAUUACUCUCGUUACAAUAGUUUAAAUGAUCAUACAACGAAUACUAGUAUACUUCAUAAUAUAAAUAAUAAAGUCGAUAAAAAUAAAUUAAAUGUAAAAACUAAUCACAAUAAUCUAUCCUUAAAUGAAUAUAUGGUAUAUAAUAAGAAUACAACGGAUAAUCUUAUGCAAACAAUAGAUGAAACAUAUCAAGAAUUAAAUUAUUUAAAUAACCAUGAGCAUAAUAAAAGAUAUGAUAUAAAUACAGAAAAUAUGAGUGUAACGAGUUUAAAAGAAUACCAAAGAAAGAAAAAUAUAAAUGUUCAAAAUGUUCAUAUAAGAAAUAAUUAUUCAAAUAAUAACAACAAUAAUAAUAAUAAUAAUAAUAAUAAUAAUAAAUUUCAAUCUACAAAAAUUAAAGCUAUUGAAAAUAGGGUAUUUCCUAAAAAGGCAUCCCCUGCUUUAAAACGUAUAAAAGAAGAAAACUACAAAAAUAAAAAAUUUAAACUACCAAGAACAUCCAAGGAAUAA